CAGAGAAAAAAAAAUUUGAAAUAAAGUGCUUUAAUAACGGUUAUUAAAAAAACCUUAAAAAUUUAAAAAAUUUUUAAAUAAAACACAACAAAUUUAUAAAAAAGAAAUUAUAUAAAAAAUGGCUUCUACAAAAGUAUGUUGUUUAUCUUUGGCCUCUUUGGCUUUAAUUGUUUUAUUGUCAUUUUUAAAUGUUUCAACUACGGAAGCUGCUGUCUAUUCCCAGCGUGCCAUUUUCCAUCCUGCACAUCCUGGUAAAUGUUUUGAUAAAUUUACCAAACGUGCCAUGUUGCCGAAUAAGGAAUACAGACCCAAAGGCAUUUGUGCUGCCUUAACUUGUGAUAUGGAACAACAAAUUAUCAAUGUGGAAACAUGUCCCACCAUUGAAAUGCCCGGCUGUGAAGAAUUACCCGCCAAUCCCGCCUGGACUUUUCCCAAGUGUUGUCCACAAUUUAAGUGUACAGAUUUUAAAACUGGCAAGGAAUUUGUGGUCUCUGUGUAAACCUAACCUACCAACACCACCGCACAUCAUUAAACAUAACGGCAUUAAUAUGUCUUCUCAUCAACAACAUCAUAAAAAAAAACAAAAACUACGUGAUUUUUUAUUUAAAAUAACAAAAAUAUUAUAUUAAUAUCUCGCUAUAGUACUGUUAACCUCAAAAGUUACUAUAAGUUUGUAUAUAUGUGACCCUACCACGCCCCUUACCACCCCCUUGUCCCUUACUUAAAUAUAAAUUUGUUUGUUUGCUUCCUUAGGUUUGUUUGUUAAAAUCAUUACAUCUUCUCGUUAACUUUACUUUUUAAUUAUUUAUUAUAUUUUAUAUAUUUCUAUCUCAUAACAUUUAAUUUUUUUUAUUUUU